AUGGUGACUUUCAACUGUGAGGUCUGCAACGCCACCGUUCCAAAGAAAAAUACCGAAAAGCAUUAUUACAGAUGUUCUAACGCCUAUUACACAUGCAUCGACUGCAACGUCACUUUCGAUGACGGCGUUUCUUAUAAAGCACACACUCAGUGUAUAAGUGAGGACGAGAGGUACCAGGGCGCGCUUUACAAGGGCAAAAAACAAAAGGGGAAAGUACAGCAGAAGCCACCGCAACAUCAACAACAGAAGCAGGAGGAGAAACCACAAAAUAAUGAGAAAAUCACUCCAAAAAUCGCACCUGCGCCGAAGAUAGAGGGUAAGAAGACUGAAAGCAGUGGCACGGAUUCAGAGGGUAAAGCGGCCAAUGCCUCCGGUAUCUCACUUGUGAGCAAAAAAGGAAGCAGCCUGUACAAAAUUCUCAAAUCUGUGAAGAACAAGGACGAGAAAAAAGAUCUGCUGAAGAAACUGGUGGUUGACGGAGAAGGACGUUUGAUUUAUAAGGUAAAAUGA